AUGGCUGCCCUCCAAUCCAACCUCCUCUGCAUCGCUGCCCUGCUGCUCAGCGCAGUGAACCAGUCCUAUGCCUUUGCCCUCCCAGCACUCGAAGACCCCUUUGGCAGCCCUCUCCUGGACGCUCGCUCCAGCAACAACAACAAUAAAAAAUCCUCCACAGCCAGGAAGCUCGCCAAGGGUGCUAUCAUCGGUAUCGCGGUCGGUGUCGCCGUCUUCGUCCUCAUCAUCGUUGCCCUGAUUGUCUGCUGCUGCAUGAGAAGACGCAAGAGCAAGAAGGCACGCGAGAUUGGCCAGUAA